AUGGAGACCAUCGAACAGCUUCUUUCCCGUCCUCUCCCCAGUAUUCUAUUCGCAACAGACAACGUUAACCUACAGCUUAACAGCCACCUUGAUAAGUGCCCCAGAAACUUCAAGACCAGCCCAAUCGACGCAGAGGACCUCGGCCAUUGGAAAGAAUUCACAAAAAAUGUCAAAGAUACUCUUAACAAAACCGACCUUAGCAGGAAACUCAUCGCCACGCGCACGGAGUCCUCCGAAGAAAGCGGUGAGACGAUCGUAGUCGGGAAUAGAUAUAGCCUUGCAAAUCGUUUCCAAGCAAAUGUAGGAGCCGUAUUAGGAGCCGUAUUCAACACUUCCGCCGAUGAUGAGGGAUUGAGGGAUCUCCGUUUCGGUGAUUCUCGAGUUCUACACCAUUGUGCUGGUGAUGAUGGGUACGAUGGUGAUGCAGAUAUCAUGAUUAUGAAAUCACCACUUCUCCAAACUUCUAGUGUCGAAUGUCGGGUAGUAGGGGUUUUUGAUGUAUUUUGGAACCCGGAUUAUCGGUAUAUGGGGGGUUUAAAGGCCUCGGAGAUUGACAUUACGGACCCGAUAAAAUUCGAUGAUGUGGAACCUACGAUUCUUCAGUGUUUUUACUAUAUGGGCACGCUCGGAGCGGGUGGGGGUUAUAGAUUCCAUGAAGGUUCGAAUGUGACCGGGGAUUCACCGCAUGAUGAAGAAGAAGAGGAGGAGGGGGAGGGGGAAGAAGAGGAGGGCGAUACUCCCCCGAUUGAGCCACCACCACCAAUCACCACAGCCACGACCCUUCAAGAAAAAACACCACCACUCCGCCUCAAAGACCUCACGCCAAAAUCAAUCAUCUUCGGUGAAAACGGAAUUUCCCAACAUCUCUUUCAAAUCCAGAAAGAUCUCUACGAGUACUCCGAGAACCACAAGAAGAAGAUAUUCGUCGGAACACUUAACGGCAUUGAUCAUGAAUGUAUUGCCAAAUACUUUCCAGUCGAUCUCGUUGAAAGGUAUACCCACGAAAAGAACAGCUACCUCCUCCUCCCCCCAUCAAGAUACUUCGCAAAAAUGCUAGCAUUCGGCGAUAUAAUCCUAUCCGGGAAAUACCGCAACGGUCAUAUCAUCGUCUUCACUAAAGAGAAAGGAGUCACAUUAGACUACCAAAUGAUAAAAAAGAUGUCACAAGAGGAAAAGACUUUAAUCCGUCAAGAAGCGAUAUCAGCUACCAAAAUCUUACGUUCGAUUGGUAUCAAACACGGCGAUCCGGGACCGGAUAACGUUCUGUGGGAUAAACAAAGUGGAAAGCUGGUAAUGCUUGAUUUGGAGAUUACGUGGGAAGAAGAUAGGAAUCGACCUGCGGAUGAGUGGGAGGUGAAUAUGAUAUUAGGGACGGAGUUGGCUGGAAAGGGCUAUUAA